AUGGCGGCUCAGCUCGAAGACUGUACUAUUGUCUGGCUAUGUCCGCUAGAGAUUGAGCUCCGAGCAGCCAUUGCCAUGCUAGACAAAGUUUUCGACGAUAGUCCAUCAAGAGCCAAAGGCCAAAAUGUGGUGUAUACUAUCGGUGAAGUCGGUAGUCACAAGGUGGCUGUAGUUGGCUACUAUCAGGAACAAGGUCUGGCUGUGUCCGGAAGUAUGGUAGCGGAAGUGUUGCGUGAUCUGCCGAAUCUGGAGAUGGGACUCCUUGUCGGUAUUGCUGGCGGGAUUCCCUCACCUACUAGGGACAUUCGGCUGGGAGAUGUCGCGGUAGCUGUUCCCGAGGCAGAUCGUCCUGGAGUAGUUGGAUAUGAUCUGGGCAAAGCGGGGGAGAAUGACAUAUUUGAGUUGAAGCACUGGCAGAAUGCAACGCAUCCUCUUCUCCGCUCAGUCAUUAAUGUCAUUCGAGCUCGUAACGAAUCUGGAUUCCUACGGCACCUGUGCAUCCUGGAGGAGCGACCAGAGUUCCAGAAACCAGGUAAUCCUCGUAUAAGCGAUAGCUGGUCAUGGGACCAACAGUCACGCAGCACUACUCACCCAAUGAUCCAUUAUGGUACUAUACUUUCUGGAAACAGUGUGAUCAAGUCGCAGGUUAAAAGAGAUCAUCUGAGAGACAAAUAUGGUGGUAUAGCAGUAGAGAUGGAGGCUGCCGGGAUAAUGACAAGGCUACCAGUUGCUGUGAUUCGAGGCAUAAGUGAUUUUGCGGACUCCUCGAAGAACGAUGCUUGGCAACCAUACGCUGCGAUUACUGCAGCGGCAUACGCAAAGGAGGUUCUGGUCAAGCUACCAACCCAAAUUAGGAGGAAGUCUCCAGGUCUCCUUUCGACACCUUUUGCAGAUCUAGAUACCCGUUUGGCAUAUGCUCUGCCUGAUAUGUGGGCAUUUGUGGGGCGAGAAGAAGAGCUGAGCUACCUGGAGGAAACCCUAGGUUUUGAGGAGCAACAGCCAUUGCAAAAGUCUAUCGUUGGUCUCUGGGGGCUCAGUGGCGUAGGCAAGUCGCAAUUGGCAUCAAGGUUUGUGCAUCAGCAGCGAUCCAAGCAUCCGAUGCGUGACAUAUUCUGGAUUACCGGUGAAACACGGGAAGCAUUAGAGCAAAGUGUCAUCAAAAUGCUCAGAGGGGGGAAUCAUCCUGCAUUGUCGGAAAGUAUGUCAUCCGACAGCACACGAUCAAGAAGUCCGUAUGAAAACCGAGCUGGUCUUGUCGACACAUUCUUUGCAGAGCUUAAUCGUCUAGAAGAUCAGAGAUGGCUUCUCGUCAUCGACGGUAUAAGUGGACAGUCAUACCUAGAUACGUUAGAAACACCAUCCCUUGAUAUACACCGUUUCAUUGGAAGGCUGAAGCGUGGCUAUAUCCUUCUCAUUGCAAAAAGGCGAGACCUGGUAGAAAUGUAUCAUCCAAUUUGCGAAAUCAGAGGCCUUAAAAAUGAAGAUGCUGUUAAACUACUCCAAUUGCAAGUUGAUACCAAGCUCAUCCAUGCAAGAGGCAUGGAAGAGUUAUCAACCUUGUUGAAGGGACAUCCCUUGGCCCUUCGACUAGCAGCAUCGGUUAUCUCUCGUUAUCGAUAUGAAAUCACCGACUUUUUGGGCAUAUGGAAAAAUCGUGAAGCCGACAGCUUAUUUCUUGAAACUAACAAAGCCCUCUGCCUCUGCUUAGACCUGAGCUUUCAUGAGCUAGAAACCACUAAUACGGUAGCGGCUAAUAUAUUGUCUAUGUUCAGCUUUCUUGAUUAUGGAGACCUCUGGUAUGAUCUUUGCCUAACUGCAACCGACGAUACAUAUCCAGGUUGGCUCCGUGAGCUUGCAAAGGAGCAUAAGGCAUUCGAAAACUACUACCCCGUGCUAGCAGAUCUAUCAUUUAUUGAGUUGAAGUUCUCAGUCAACGGUCAACGCUUUUGGGAGAUUCACCCAGCAAUUCAAGCUGUGGCCAGACAAAGAGCAAUGUCUAAAGAGCAGGAGUACAUACGAUGUGUAGUCUCACUAGUGGCUGCACAGGUUCCACGAUCAUACGAGGAGAAUUUCUGGAACAAGAUGCGACGCCUAGAGCCACAUGCUAUUCAAUGCUGGAGUUAUAUAGUACGAGGUAGAUGGGGACCACGUACCAACCUCACAGAACUUGAAAGCCUUGGACGAUUGUUCCGCCACCUUGGGCGAUAUAGCCAGGCGUCAUUCAUUUACAAGAUGAUCGAGAAGGGACUCGACCAGGAGGUACUUACCAUUCCUAGAGGAGAGUUUUUAAGCGACGUCCUCACCAAUCUCGGCUUAGCUUACAUAGGUCAGCGUGAAUAUGACCUCGCGCUUCACGCAUUUGAUAAGUCAUGGAGCCUAAGGAGUCAGCUUGGCAGUCUAACGCCUGACAUAACAAUGUCUAUCAUUUACAAUAAAUCUGUGGCCUUCAUGAUGACUGGUAGACUAGAGGAAGCUGAAGAAAACUUGCGCAAGGCAGCAUCUCACUUUGCUCGGCAUACGCCGAGCCAAUACGGUCUGACGAAGGAUGAACGGAAGCGACUUUAUAUUCGCAUAUUAAACGAUAUGGGAGAGGUUCUUCUACGAAAAGGCUCAGUAGCUGCAGCAACUGAUAUCUUCUCCCACAUUCUUGACAGCCAAAGAGGAGUGUUGGGCGAAUCCCAUCCAACCAUAGUGUCCACCAAGGUAAAUCUUGGAAAGGCCAAUACCCAACUUGGUGAAUUCAGCAUAGCGCAGAGCUUGCUGCAGGAUGUUAUUUUUCUUUAUGCUGAAUGGUGGGGUCGUCGCCAUCCAGACACUAUGCGCGUGGUGGACGAGCUAGCUUCAGCAUUCAUGGUGGAAGGCGAGCAUAAAAUGGCUUUAGGUGUAUGUGCAGCUUCGGAAUUUCAGAGUGCGGAAGAGCUUUGGAAAGAAGCUUUGGACUUCUAUGGAGACACCUACGGAAAUCAAUCUCAUAUGGCAGGUCGUAUCAAAACUAAUUUACAUUACCUAUAUAGUUUGAAGCUUUGA